GAGGGCGAGCAGCUGCGGCUCACGGCGUGAGACCGUGUCACGUGCAACGCCGUCCACGCGACUUGCUCACCAAGGGGGUCACCAUGCAGGCUGAGAAAGUGUCUGACACGCCCCUGGAGUUCAUAGUGGAGUACCUGGCGAAGGCCAUGAAAAUUGCACGCGACCACCCCGGUGUACCGGAGGAUCUGAGGAGCAAUCUCCAGAAGGCCCUGAAUAUCGCCUCGGGCUUAGACAGCUACCUGGAGAUGACGAGCUCCCCGGAGAGCCAACCGUUGGCCGAACUCUACAGAAAAACGAUUGAGCACGACUGGAAAAAGGCAUUUGAGGAAGGAAAAACCUCGUUCAGGCUUCCUAAGGAGUGCAUCACUGGCCAUGUGGAAGGUCAGGUCCUGAAGAUGCUGGUGCGUGUGAGCGGGGCCCGGCGUGUCCUCGAGAUCGGCAUGUUCACGGGAUACGGGGCCCUGUCCAUGGCCGAGGGGCUCCCCGAGGACGGCCGGCUGGUGGCCUGCGAGAUGGAGCCCUACCUCAAGGAAUUCGCCCAGCCUGUGUUCGACAGCUCUCCGCACGGCAGGAAGAUAACCGUGAAAACAGGCCCUGCCAUGCGCUCUCUGAAGGAGCUGGCCGCUGCCGGGGAGCAGUUUGACGUGAUCUUCAUCGACGCGGACAAGGCCAACUACAUCAACUACUACACGUUGAUCCUGGAGCGCAACCUGCUGCGGCCGGACGGGAUCAUCUGCGUCGACAACUCCCUCUUCAAGGGUAGCGUGUACCUGCCGGACUCGGACGACAGGAACGGGCUCGCCCUGCGGGAGUUCAACCGCACCGUGCGGGAAGACCCCCGAGUGGAGCAGGUCAUCCUCCCCGUGCGAGACGGGAUCAGCGUGAUCCGCAGAGCGCCCCCGACCCGGCCAGAGGGCGACGAGUGCCGUGACGAGGUGUUUCACGGCGUCCAGGGAAAGUCCGUUUUGGAUCGGCUCCGCCUGGACGGCAGGGUGGCCUACGUGACCGGGGCCGGCCAGGGCAUCGGCAGGGCCUUCGCACACGCGCUGGGGGAGGCUGGCGCCAAGGUCGCCGUCGUCGACCUGGAUGACAGGAAGGCCGAGCGCGUGGCGCAAGAGCUCGCUCUGAAAGGCAUCCAGAGUACGGCUGUGACGGCCGACAUCAGCAAGCCGCAGAGCGUCCAGGGGAUGGUUGACGCCAUUGUCGCCAAAUGGGGUACGAUUCACAUCGGAUGCAACAACGCCGGCAUCAACAUGAAUUCAGCCAGCGAGGACACCAGCCUGGACGAGUGGGACCAGACCUUCGGCGUCAACCUGAGGGGCACGUUCAUCUGCUGCCAGGCUGCGGGCCGCAUUAUGCUGAACCAAGGAUACGGGAAGAUAAUAAAUACGGCUUCCAUGGCCGGCUUAAUUGUGCCUCACCCGCAGAAGCAGCUGGCCUACAAUGCAUCCAAGGCCGGGGUGGUGAAGCUCACGCAGACCCUGGGGACCGAGUGGAUCGACCGGGGCGUGAGGGUCAACUGCAUCUCCCCAGGGAUCGUUGACACCCCUCUCAUCCACUCCGAGGAGCUGGGCCCUUUGGUUCAGCGCUGGCUGUCAGAUAUCCCUGCUGGACGACUGGCUCAAGUGACAGACCUGCAAGCGGCGGUGGUCUACUUGGCAUCUGACGCCUCUGACUACAUGACAGGGCAUAACUUAGUCAUAGAGGGUGGGCAAAGUCUGUGGUAGAGGAACUUUCUUUUGUUCUUGAGGGAUUGACGCAUCGCAAAGGCAUUUUAAUGGGGGGGGAGAGAAGAAAUGGGAGACGUGGAGUACACAGGAUAAUUGUCAUACCCAUGCUGUGUAUGGUGAUCAUGAUAUAAAAAUGUAAUUUUGUCUGUCUGAAAUGGCUCGUUCGCUGCUUUCCCCGUAUUUUUUUUUAUAUUACACUUCCAGUGGAACGGUGAUUUGAAUC